AGGAAAUGAGUGCAUUGAACGGUGCAAUGUCAAAAUGAACCGAGCAAACAGCAAUACACAAAACAACAGAAUUCCCCAAAUGAGCACCAACAACCAAUUCUCAAAGCCAGUAAUAUCUGCACCAAAUGCAGCUCCAGUGCAAAGACAAUCUUCUCGCGACCAGACAGCAUUAUUACAAAAUCAGUCCUUGAAAAUAGGUCAAGGUCAGGGUCAUUUGCAUAAUGAAGGCCAAGGUGAAGGUCAAUCAAAGAACAGUCAUCAGAAUCAGGCUCAGUCACAAAUGAGUCCCCCACAGUCAACAAAUGAGUCAGAGGCAGAGCUGCCUAUGGAGCUACUCCAAGCUGGCUGGAGGAGAUUCUGGAGUAAGAGAGAAGGAAGACCAUACUAUUUCAACAAGCUGACAAACCAGUCUUUGUGGGAUUUACAACAGCUCUUAGACACACAGUUGGAUCCCCUAUCAGACCCACUUGGCAUUGCCACACCAUCGCCCCCUCCCAUGUCCCCCAGUGACAUCCGCAUGACGCGGCUAAGUGUGGACAUCCCCUCGCCACAAGUAGGGAACAAGAGGCGGAGUAGUGGCGAGGCGCUGGCGAGUCCUGUGAAGAGGCCAAUGCAACAGCCAGUCCCCAUUAUAAGUGGCAGAAAUCCAUUUUUAUACCCUGAUCUUCCCGAGCCCCCGCGGAGGAAGGUGAUGUGUUACCCCGUGUUGCUAGGCGUCCCCUGUCCCAGAAUGCCCACGGUAGAGCAUCACAUCGAGGGCGAGACAACCUAUGUCAGGUUCAAAGGUGAAACAAUGAAGAUUAAUACGUCACAUUUUCAAAAACUGGAGCAGUUGUAUAGGUGGAACUGUAAAGAUGACCCAAGGUUCGACAAAUUUCUAGCAAGAGUUUGGUGCUUACUAAGGCGAUAUCAGACCUACUUUGGGCCGCAGCAGAACGAAGGUUUCCUACUCCAGGGCGCACUACCUGUCCCAGUGUUUGAAUGUCUCCAUCGUCUGUUUGGGGUGACAUUUGAGUGCUUUGCUUCUCCGUUAAACUGCUUCUACAAGCAAUACUGCUCAGCGUUUGCAGACAUAGACUCUUAUUUUGGAUCCCGGGGGCCCAUCCUGGACUUCCAUCCAGUCAGUGGCUCUUUUGAAGCGAAUCCUCCAUUUUGUGAAGAGCUGAUGGAAGCCAUGGUGGACCACUUUGAGAGUCUGCUGGCAGAGUCCAGUGAGCCGCUGUCUUUCAUUGUGUUCAUACCAGAGUGGAGAGAUCCCCCUACAGAGGCCCUGGUCAGGCUGGAGAAUAGCGUGUUCAAACGUGGUCAGGUAACCAUCCCGCCAUUUGAGCACGAAUACCGGCACGGCUUCCAGCAUAUAUGUCCCAAGACUGAGCUUAACGUCAAGUCCAGCCAUGGCACCUUGGUGAUAUUUCUCCAAAACGAAGCAGGGUUUGUAAAGUGGGCGCCCACCACAGAAAGAGUGAACGAACUCCUACUGGCAUACAGGCCAAAGGACAAGCUGAACUAGUGAAAUCUGUCCAAGAGUCGACUGAAAUGACUGAAUCGCUGCUAUCACAUUGACCAAAAGAAAAAGAAAACGUCUGAGAUGAUCCAUGAUAUCCAGGUUGUUAAAAGGUCAAGGUCAUUGAUGCAAUGGAUCCAGUGGGACAAGGUAAAGCGACAUAGGGAAAGGUAGACUCAGCUACAGAAAUUCUGAGAUGAUGAAAGAAGCUGAACAAGCUGUUUAUGACAAUAAGAGUGGAUUAUAGAGCCCUGGAAAGUGGGUGAAUUGGUAGCUUUUUAUUGCACAGCUGAAAACUGGUGUUUAUGUCUGAAUAGCAGGUGACAUAGCAUGUGACACCUUGUUAGCACAGCAGAGAAAGAAUGAGAAGAGAAAAAUUCCUGGAGCGGCUUCUAUAGUAUUAAUUAACUGAGAAAUGAAGCAUGAACAGCAGAAGACAAAAGAAAAGGAUGAAUGUAACUAUCAUGACUGAAAAUGGAGAAAUAAGAAAGGCUACAAUAGAAGAGAAAAUGGCUUACUUUUUUCUAAGCUGUGCCCAUGUUUUAAGCUGUGUAUUUCUGUACAUAGCUGGGGUUUGUUAAGUUUUACCUAUCACCUAUGAGACUUGAUUACAAGAGUUUCAAGAAUUAACAAGAGCAGUUGGUAUUCUGCUUAAAUAUUAAUACUAGAGAAAUAACAAGCUCAAAAACACGCUAACCUCGUUACUCUGUGGCAACUCCUCUGUGUCUGAUUCCAGAAAGAAUGGAGAAUUAAUGAAGUCAAGGCAGAAGAUCUGUAGUUACACUGAUCAAAAACCUACUUUUCUGUCUAUACCUGCAUAUUUGUCAGCUUUGCUGUCUAGUUUCUAGUCUCAUUCAGUGCAUGAAACAAGGGAAUGUUCAUAUAUUCAAGGAUUUCUUUAUUUUUCAAAGAAAUUUUGUAAAUCAUGAUUAAGGCUUCUCAAGAUGAAAAAAAACAUGCAUCCCUAUGGUUGAGAAUUGGUGACUUUAUAGAGAAUAGUU